GCGCGAUGGCGGCGGCUGCUGUGUCCGAGCCCUGGCCGGAGCUGGAGCUUGCGGAGCGUGAGCGGCGGCGCGAGCUGCUGCUGACGGGCCCGGGGCUGGAGGAGCGGGUGCGGGCGGCGGGCGGGCGGCUGCCUCCACGGCUCUUCACGCUGCCGCUGCUGCACUACCUGGAGGUGAGCGGCUGUGGCAGCCUGCGCGCGCCGGGGCCGGGCCUGGCGCAGGGCCUGCCGCAGCUGCACAGCCUCGUGCUGCGGCGCAACGCGCUGGGGCCCGGCCUGAGCCCUGAGCUGGGCCCGCUGCUAGCGCUGCGCGUGCUCGACCUGUCGGGCAACGCGCUGGAGGCGCUGCCGCCGGGCCAGGGCCUGGGCCCCGCGGAGCCGCCGGGGCUGCCACAGCUGCAGAGCCUCAACCUCAGCGGCAACCGGCUGCGCGAGCUGCCCGCCGACCUGGCGCGCUGCGCCCCGCGCCUGCAGAGCCUCAACCUCACCGGCAACUGCCUGGACGCCUUCCCCGCCGCGCUCUUCAGCCCAGGCGCGCUGCCCCUGCUCAGCGAGUUGGCGGCCGCAGACAACUGCCUGCGAGAGCUCAGCCCCGACAUCGCGCACCUGGCCUCGCUCAAGACCCUGGAUCUCUCCAACAACCAGCUAAGCGAGAUCCCUGCUGAGCUGGCCGACUGCCCCAAGCUCAAGGAGGUCAACUUCCGAGGAAACAAGCUUCGAGACAAGCGCCUGGAGAAGAUGGUCAGCGGCUGCCAGACUAAGUCCAUCCUGGAGUACCUGCGUGUUGGCGGCCGGGGCUGCGGCCGGGGCAAGGGCAGGGCAGAGGGUGCUGAGAAGGAAGACGGCGGGAAGAAGAGGAGGGAGCGGAAGCAGAGGCGGGAGAGUGGCGAGGGGGAGGAGGAGGUCACCGAUGCCGCCAGGCUGCUGCUCAGGGUCCUCCAUGUCUCUGAAAACCCCUCGCCCCUGACGGUCAGAGUGAGCCCCGAGGUCAGGGACGUGCGGCCAUACAUCGUGGGGGCUGUCGUGCGGGGCAUGGACCUACGGCCCGGAAAUGCACUCAAGCGCUUCCUGACCUCCCAGACCAGACUCCAUGAAGACCUCUGUGGGAAGAGGACGGCAGCCACCAUUGCCACCCAUGACCUGCGUGCCCUGCGGGGACCCUUGCUGUAUGCCACUCGGCCACCCCAGGACCUCAAGAUUGUCCCCUUGGGGCGGAAGGAAGCCAAGGCCAAGGAGCUGGUGCGGCAGCUGCAGCUGGAGGCUGAGGAGCAGCGGAAGCAGAAGAAGAGGCAGAGCGUCUCGGGGCUGCACCGGUACCUUCACUUACUGGACGGGAAGGAGAAUUACCCUUGUCUCAUGGACGCAGACGGAGAUGUGAUUUCUUUCCCACCAAUAACGAACAGUGAGAAGACAAAGAUUAAGAAGACGACUAGUGAUCUGUUCUUGGAAGUGACCAGUGCCACUAGUCUGCAGAUUUGCAAAGAUGUCAUGGACACCCUCAUUCUGAAAAUGGCAGAAAUGAACAAAUACACUUCAGAAAAUAAAGAGGAAGGAUCACUCUCGGAUACGGAAGCUGAUGGAAUUUCUGGACAACUCUCAGAUCCUCAAGUGAAUCCUGGUGCUGGGAAGGAUGGACAGUCCCCCCUGGUGGUGGAGCAGGUCCGCGUGGUGGACCUGGAGGGGAGCUUAAAGGUGGUGUACCCGUCCAAGGCUGACCUGGCUGCAGCUCCUCCCCAUGUUACCGUCCUUCGCUGACAGGCCAAACUGGGCUCAGGCCAGCAGGCCAUCCGUCGCGUGCGCCUGGUUUUACGGGGUUUGUGAGUGACGCUAAGUUAUUCAGUAUGUUCCCACCUCCGUGUUGUUAGGUGUGUCUUUGUUUGCUUUAUCCAGUGAUUCUGUUGUAAAGUGAUGGCUGUGCUGUCUUCACAACACUAAACUGAUGUUGCAGGUUUUCAUGGAAUUGUUCAAAUACCAGAAGUAGCUACUCAGCAUGUUCCAAAUCAUGCAGGCCCACUGAGACCCUGGGAUUGGUGUGAGUAUGCCAAAGUCAGUUGGACAGCUGGUGAACAUGCGUUUAACUGAACUGCAGUUAUUUUUCUAUGAUGUAGUCUUUCUAAGUCAUUUUGGGCCAGUAGUGCCAGAAUGUCAUGUUUUCCAGCUUACAUGACUUUAAUCUUUUUAUUUAAAGGGAAAAAAAAAAGUUUUUUAAACACAAAUUUAGAACAAGCAGUGUUUUUUCUCAGUGUUGGCUGGUGGGGCGCCUGACGGCUGUGAGCUGUACGGGACCUUCAGGAUCAGCAGCCCCAGGUCUGUGGGCUCUGCACAGCUGGGACGGGAAAGGUGGGGUGAAUGGGGGCUGGUCAUCGUUGGCGCAGCAGCACCACAGCUAUGGACAGCUGUCAUACCUAGCCCUAGAGGAAUGUGGGGCGUGGGUGGGCAUAUAGGACAGCUCUGUUCAUGAGCUGUCAGUGGUCCCUGGCCUGCUAAAGGGCAUGGGCGGUGACCAGAGAAGGCAUCAUAAAGUUCUAGCGUCGGAUGAGUGGCUUCCCGUGUCGGGCCUUCAGGUGGGUUCCGUUGUGAAGGCUGUUUCGUGUGUGGGUUUAUUGCCUGGCACAUGCACACCCUCCCUGGAGCCAGAGUGCUUGGUCCAGAGGUCCUGUGGCCUCACUGCUCGGUUCUGGCUAAGGAGCAGCACCUGACACAUCAGCAUCUUAUUUCAUGAUACUUCUUUUGGUAGCCUUUGACAUAAGGGACAGUUUUUCUCUCACGGAGGAGACUGGUGAUUUUUUUGGAGGAUUUGUAGGAAACCCAAGGUCCCUCCAGGUGGGUUCCUAACAAAGGUGGGUGGCUCCAGAGCUUAGAGGCAUGAGCUGGCUGCCUACAGCUCCAGCCCAGCUGGCCAGUCCACCAGGCUCAGGCUAAUCCAGUGGCCAGGCUGGCUACAGUGGGCUUGCAGACCAUAGCUUUCCCUUGGGGCCUGUCCUCCCAAAGCCUGUGUCACACCUGUGUCAGUGGCCCUGCAUGUGGUCUCAUGAGUCGCUGUCAGGCCAUCAAGGCUGCUGGGGUGUGUUUAGCAAGGGUUCUGACCUGCUAGGAGGCCCAGGAGAGCUGCCUUGACUCCCCAGGCUGCUGAGGACGCAGCCGAGUACCAUGAGGUUUGGAGUGUUCAGAGGAAGUUUGUCCGACACCGUCCUUGCCUGGCCAUCUCUAAUAAAACAUUUCCUAA